UCUUGACGAGUCAACUUGUUUACAUCAUUUCUCGCGUCCGGGACCAUAUCUCGGAACCAAGCCUUAGGAUUAAUAUUAUUCACAUCUGAAAAGAAUAACCAUCAUUUAUGACCUAUCUUCUGAACAUAAUUGACCGAUACUAAAAGGAUUUGUUAUAAAGAAAGGGUGUAUUAAAUUACGCCAAGAUAAGUCGUCGAAGUAAACGGGUUGUGAGUGUGCGAUUCUCACACACUCGAAGAUGGUGGUGUGGAUUAUUGCUUGGUGUGGUCCUGGGCUGUGCUGUGGCAGCAACCAUCUUAACCAGGCUUGAUGGCUCAGAUCCCACAAAUGUGCUAGGACUAACACCGCGAGAGGUACGCCUGGCAGAGCGGGUACGGGAAAUGGAGCAGCAGAAUCAGUUGUUAAGGAGGCAGCUGAGCAUCUCCCAGAAUCAACUGAUACAAGCUUGGGGUGCUGAGGGGGAGGAGAACACAGACAAGCUGGGAGAUGGCACAGGCAAUGGAGAACAAGGUGCUACUAAGUGCAAAGAAAAGGAAUUGGGUGUGCCAAAAUGUGAGGUGCUUCAAAUAGCCAUAGUGUGUGCAGGAUACAAUUCUUCACGAUCAGUAGUGACACUCUUCAAGUCUCUCUUGUUCUAUCGUCGUAAUCCACUUCACUUCCAUAUGAUUGCUGAUGCCAAAGCUCAGGUUGUCUUGCAUACGCUUUUUUCAUCAUGGAAUGUUCCUCAUGUUGAGGUGAGCUUUUAUUUAACGGAUAAUUUAGCUGCCGAUAUCUCAUGGGUUCCAAACAAGCAUUACUCUGGAGUGUUUGGGCUCAUGAAGCUUACUCUCAACAAAGCUCUUCCAUCAUCACUCAAGAAAGUUAUUGUUUUAGAUACAGAUAUUACAGUGGCUACAGACAUUGCAGAACUGUGGAAUCUAUUUUCAAAAUUUGGACCAAAACAGUAUAUUGGCCUGGUAGAAAAUCAAAGUGACUGGUACUUGGGUAAGCUGUGGAAGUCUCAUCGCCCUUGGCCGGCUCUUGGUCGAGGUUAUAACACUGGUGUCAUUCUCAUUCGGUUGGAUGUCAUGAGGAGAAGUAACUGGUCUCAAAAGUGGAAACUAAUAGCAGAAAGGGACUUGACAACGCUCUUCUCCACCCAACUUGCUGAUCAAGAUAUAAUUAAUGCUGUUAUCAAGGCCAUUCACUGGAACUCGCCAAAGAUGAAGGUAAAGAAUAAGCAUGUAGAAUUUUUUCGAAAUUUGCACCUGACCUUUCUAGAAUAUGAUGGGAAUCUGCUUCGACGGGAACUUUUUGGCUGCAAUAACUCUCGCUAUAUCACCGCAUCUAAUUCACUGUCACAGUUAAGUGAAGAAGAUGAAUGCUAUGAGUUUCGUCGUGCUCGUCAGACUAAUUACCGCACACACUUGUUCUUCCUCGACCAUGAAUAUGAUCCUACGACAGAUGGUUAUGAUGUGACACUUGUUGCUACUCUCUCCAUGGAUCGUUUGCAAAUGGUAGAACAGCUUCUAACACACUGGGAUGGUCCUGUAAGUCUGACACUGUACAUGUCAGAUGCAGAAGCUCAGCAGUUCCUGUCCUAUACCCAGAGUUCAGAAAUCAUUGCUAACAGGAAAAAUGUUGCAUAUCAUGUUGUUUACAAAGAGGGGAAUUUUUAUCCUGUCAAUUUCCUUCGUAAUGUUGGGGUGCAACAUGUAAAUACACCAUACGUCUUCCUAACAGAUAUAGACUUUCUUCCCAUGUUUGGCCUUUAUGUCUACCUAAGAAAAACACUUCAAAAUUUACACCCUGAUGAUAGCAAAAAGCUAAGCAGGGAAGAUUUAUGUGUAAAAAUCCUCAAGAGGGAAUUUGUGGAUGACAUUAACCGGAAACAUAAUAGUGACAUCGCUCUCCAAUAAAACCAGUGUUAACUGUGGAAUUUCUGUUUUCCAAUUUAUAUUGAAGAAAGACUGUUGCAUCAUAAUUAAGUACAGGUCAGCCAUCACUAAUCUGGCCAGAUUACAGCGGUUAGGUUAGAAUACACUUAAUUAACCCAUCAAUAGAGAGACUGCUACAUCUUCCUCAUUUUCAUCACUGCUUUCUCCUCCAUGGCUUGCUGCUGUAGAUUUACAACCAUCUGCACAAUUUCCGAGUCAGUAUAAUGAUGAAAUUUGAAAUUAUGCUAGCCAAAAUUAGUGCCGGAUUACUGAUGGAAUCAGAUAACUGAUUGCCAGAUUAGUGAUGCAUGACCUGUAUUAGUUAAGUCUUUUAUUGUGUCAAAGUUGUCAACUUAACAAAAAAAUUUAUUUUGCAGUAUACUAUUAUUACAACCCCUAAAAAUUUAUUGAAAAUGUAGGAAAUUACUAAUGUGUUCAGGAAACAAUUUUAAUUGGUAAUUCAUUUAUCAAAUGAAUUUGUAAUGUUUUAAUUGUUUGUAGAAUUUAUAAACUUGGUAACUUUUAUUUCUGGUAUCUCAUAAGUUUUCAUCCAAUUAAAAAGUAGUUGAAUUCUUGGUGUACUUAUCUUACAAAGGGAAACAGAUGUGUAAUAGUUUGGAUGUGCCAAGAUACCACCACAUCUGUUGUUUUGGUCUCAAAAGUGCCAAUUGUUAAGAGAGAUCUUUACAAAUAUUAGCUUCACUAUGUGCAAGCAUUUAACCUGGCUUUCUUGAGCUGAUUAACCUUAUAUAAACAACGAAAUGCAAGAUCUGUCUCAUUUAAAGGUGAUACAAGCAAAUUUUGCUUAAGAUAUUAUAUUUUUUGUAUUUAGAGAUACAGUAUUACUUAAUAUAUUCAGAUAGCAUUGAUAUGUGUAAUUUUUGAACUGGGUUUAUUAUUACAGUGUAGGUAUAUUAUCUAUAGCUGUUACCCAAGUUAUCAACAUUCUGAAAUGAGGUACAGUAUUUUCCAUUUUAUUGUACUCCUGUGAAUAAUCUACUUAAAAAUUUUAAUUUUUUAUGAAUAUUUCUGUAAUGAUUUUCUUUUAUAGAAAGUUUGUUUUUUAAACAUAACAUUUUGUUUGUUAUAUUAAACAGUUUAAUCUUUAUUAAUAAACACUAUUUUGUAUGGGAUUUCUAGCCUUUAGUGUUGUGCAUUUUUCUUUAUAUAAUCAGCUGUCCUAUAUACAUUAUCUAUAUUUAGUAAAAAUUUGGUGCUGUUUCAAUUACCCCAUGAAGCAGACCUGUCCUCUCAUUUAUGCUGCAGUAUUUUAAUGGUAAAGCUCUAUACUUCCAGUUGCAUUAUACUGUAUCAUAGUCAAAACUCAUUCAGUGAGUGUUGGUUGUCUGUGAUUUUUCUUAAGGCAAGUUAGUGUAUUUGAAUCUUUAUGAAUAACUAUAUUAUUUUAUAAACUGUAUCCUUAAUUUAUACUCCUCAUGAAAUUUAAGUAUAGCAGAAUGUAUACUUUUAUAUUAUUUUAUAUACUGUAUCCUUAAUUUAUAUUCCUCAUGAAAUUUAAGUAUAGCAUAAUGCAUUAGAAUAAGUUUCUAGAUAUAGGCUGUAAUGUACUACUGCUUUACAGAUGUACCUGUGUUCACUUCAAGGUCAUACCAUGCAUAAGAGCAUUUACUUUUUUUCUUAAGAUGCUGAAAUUUUCAAAAACUAUUGCCUGUAUUUAAAAGUUAUUUUGAAGCAUUUAUCAUGUGCUCUCUGGUUUACAGAACGAAGGGUGUACCUUUAGUAGAUUUCUUUCUUAUACAUGUCUUCCAGCUUGAUAGAAAGUGGAGAUUAGUACAAAUAUGUGCUACUAGUGUUGGUUUUACAACAUUUAACUGGCAUGAGAGGGUCUUUACCACAGUAUUGUUGAUCUCAUAUCAUGGUAUAAAGGUUGUGUCUUGGUUUAUUGGGUUUUGUUAACUUAAUGAAUAAAGCCACUUUUAGAACCCUACUUUUGAUCAGUACUGUUUUCAAAUCACAGACCUGGUGGAGCUCAAACCCACCCAUUCUCUGAUUUGUUUGCAAUUGUGUUAUGUUUUUGUGAGUACUGUGUAUGAUUAUUUAUACUGUAUCUUAUAAAAUACACUUAUUCAGUGCACAGAACCCUCUGAAAUCUAUUUAUAAUGGGAGUGGGUGAGGACCAAACAUUUUUAACACUUUAACUGUCCAAAGAUAGAUCUACAUUUUUACUGCUAGUGCUCUGAAUUUUUUUUUUAUGUAAGAAACAGAGAGCAAUUUUCUGUGUAAAAAAUUUGAGUGUCAGUACUUUUUGAGAUAUAAGGCAGCAAAGUUGGCACUGGAUGCUCAAUAUGGAGUCCUGCUUGCAGAAAUAUUACCAAUUUAACUUUUUUCUCUUUUUUUUUUCAACAAACUGGCCGUGGCCCAAAAAGAAAAACAAAAGUUUCUCUUUUUAAAUUUAGUAAUUUAUACAGGAGAAGGGGUUACUAGCCCCUUGCUCCCGGCAUUUUAGUCGCCUCUUACAAAACGCACGGCUUAUGGAGGAAGAAUUUUGUUCCACUUCCCCAUGGAGAUAAGAGGAAAUAAACAAGAAUAAGAACUAGAAAGAAAAUAUUUUUAUACGUACAGUGGACCCCCGAGUUUCGGCAGCCUCGACUUUCGCGAAAUUCGACCUUCGGCGAGUUUUUUUUCUUUUAAAGUUUGGCCUCGAGUUUCGUGAAAAAACUCGUGUUUCAGCGACCGUCCGGUACCCGUCUGCCCGUCACUGUACACACAAAGCCAGUCUCCCACGCCAUUCACGCUCAGUGUGCCAUUGUUUACCAACACGUGACCAUCACCCCGCGGGUUCAUGCAAUACAUUUCAUAAUAAUCCAUUGUUUUUUGUGCUUGCAACUGCUAAAUAAGUCAUCAUGGAUCCAAGGAAAGCUAGUGCAAACCCUUUGGUAAAUAAAGUGAGUGACGGGUGUGGAAGAGUUGGUGGAGGACCACAGGGAAGAGCUAACCACUGACGAACUGCAAGAGCUUCAACUGGAACAGCAUCAGACCACAGCCAAGGAACUUGCUUCAGAGGAGGAGAAAGAGGGAGUGGAUGAGGUGCCUUCUUCAGUGAUUAAGGACAUGUGUGGAAUGUGGAAUGAGUUGCAAAGUUUCACCCUGACCAAGCUGAAACAAGCCGUAUCUGCAACUUGUACAAUGACAGUGUUGUGUCCCACUUCAGGGAAAUCUUAAAGAAACGCCAGAAAAAGACCUCUCUGGAUAGAUAUUUUGUGCGUCAGGGGUCCAGUGACUCUCAAGUUGUUCCCAGUGGCAUUAAAAGAAGAAGGGAAGUAACCCCAGAUAAGGACUUGCUACCUAAAGUCCUAAUGGAAGGAGAUUCUCCUUCCAAACAAUAGUGUACACCUUCCUCCUAUCACCUCCUCCCAUCUUCCAUCCACCCAGAAGUCUUCAGUAAAGGUAAGUGUAAUGUUAUUAUUUAUUUUAAAUGAAUGUACUUGAUUUCUGAUUGUUUUUAUUAUGUAAAUCUUUAUUUAAUUUGAAAAAAAAAUAUUUUAUUUUAAUAUUUUUGGGUGUCUGGAACGGAUUAAUUUUAUUUCCAUUAUUUCUUAUGGGGAAAAUGGUUUCGAGUUUCAUGAAUUUCGGCCUUUGGCGGGCUCUCUGGAACGGAUUAAUCACGAAACUCGGGGGUCCACUGUAUAUACUACUAAACUGUUGUAUUCUGGGCACCUCUGCAAAAACAGUGAUUAUGUGUGAGUGAGGUAAAAGUGUUGAAUGAUGAUGAAAGUAUUUUCUUUUUGGGGAUUUUCUUUCUCUUUGGGUCACCCUGCCUCGGUGGGAGACGGCUGACAUGUUGAAAAAAAAAAAAAAAAAGUAUGUGUAGUGUGACCUAAGUGUAAGUAGAAGUAGCAAGACAUACCUGAAAUCUUGCAUGUUCAUGAGACAGAAAAAAGGACACCAGCAAUCCUACCAUCAUGUUAAACAAUUUCAGGCUUUCGUUUUACACUCACUUGGCAGGACGGUAGUACCUCCCUGGGCAGUUGCUGUCUACCAACCUACUUCCUAGGUUAAUUAGUUUUUAUGUUCUGAUAAUCACAAUUUAUAGUAGAUCUUGUGAUAUAGCCAAUUUUUGUUCUUACACAAAUAUUAAGUAUGGAUAUAGUAAUGAAAUAGUAACAAACACAUUGAUAGGUGAACAUGUUCACCUGCCUCAGUCACAUUAUGUUAUCUAGAAAUAUAUACAAAUUAUUUAUAUAGUAGGUUCCAGCAAUGUUUUUAGAAGUGCUGGAGUAUAUGAAACUCCUUGAAGCACAGUGUCAGACAGAGUGGCACACUAAAUUGCUAAUGGUGCAGUCACUAAACAUUGCUGCACCAUCAGCACUACCCCCAGUGAACCAUGGCAUGUUUUCAAUUUAUUCUCACUGUUCCAUACACACAAGCAUGACUGUUUCUGUCUAUCUGUCUCAGAGAGAGCUACUCAUGAACUUCAUCAUAAGCUAGCCAAACAGGUAUUACACAUGUUGCAGUGUUGUCACAUCUGCACAACUGGAAACAUACAACUGUGGCCAAAAUGUGUAUUACAGUGGUCCCUCGUUCAUCCAUUCCUGGAAGUGCGACGAUUAUCGAAUCAAUUUUCCCCAUAAGAAAUAAUGUACAUACAAUUAAUCCAUUCCUGACACCCAGAAGUAUUAAAACAAAUUUUUUUUUUUUACAUGAAAUAUAGAUGUAGUACAUAAACAACACAAUGGGACAUGAUGAAUGAAACAUUAAGAGCAAAACACUUACCUUUAUUGGCGAUUCUUCUUAGUGUAUGGAGACUGGAGGGGGAGAGAGAUUGGAUUAGUUACUGUUUGGAAGGGGAAUCCCCUUCCAUCAACACCUCAGGUACCCAGUCCUUUUCUGGGGUUACUUCUCUUCUCUGUUUAUUAAUACCACUAGGACCAGCUUGAGAGUCACUGGCCUAAAAUGGGCCAAGACUCUGUCACUGUACAAGUUGCCGAUAUGGCUUGCAACAUCCUUCUCUGGGUGAUGUUUCUCCAUAAAUCUUUCCAUUCUACCCCACAUUUCAAAAAUCUCCUUAAUUUCUGAAGAAGGCACCUUCUUCCAUCUCUCUUCCUCCUCCUCUGCAGCAAGAUUCUGAGCUGCGAUCUGUUGCUCUUUCUGCUGAAGCUCUUGCAGCUCUUCAGUGGUUAGCUCUUCGUUGUGGUCCUCCACCAACUCUUCCACAUCCUCCAAACUCACAUCCAACCCCAUGGAACUCCCCAAUGCCACAAUAAAUUUCACAACUGACAUAGGCUCAUCAGGGUCAGCCACAAACCCUUCAAAAUCCCUCUUGUGGACACAAUCUGGCCAAUUUUCUCCAAGCAGAGUUCAAAGUCCUGGUAGUCACUCCCUCCCAAGCCUUACCUACUGUUCAAUGAUGUUUUUCUUAAAUUCAAUCGUAUUUCUCACCUUUACCAAAAGCUUGGCACUAGGAGCUUUCUUUGGAGCCAUGGUAGCUUAUUUAGCACUUGCAAGCACUAAAAUGAAUGGAAUAUUAUGAAAUAUUUCGUAUGAACAAGUGAAGGGACCGUCGCUCACUGGUAAACAAUGGCACACUGGCUGGGAAGGGAGGCCGAUGCGGCUCAGAGCCGUGAAUACGUGUCCAGGACGAACAAUGAUUAGCGAGUCAACCGACCAUUUCCGAGCCAAUGUUUGGACGAAAAUAACGCGACGAUUUCCGAAAAGGAUGACUAUUGAGCCGGACAAUUAUCGAGGGACCACUGUACUUGCCACAGUCAUGCUUAUGCCUCAUAUCUACUAGCACAGUACACUGUAUAGCACUUAGUUUGGCUUUUUUUUUUUCAACAAGUCGGCCGUCUCCCACCGAGGCAGGAUGACCCAAAAAAGAAAGAAAAUCCCCAAAAAGAAAAUACUUUCAUCAUCAUUCAACACUUUCACCACACUCGCACAUUAUCACUGCUUUUGCAGAGGUGCUCAGAAUACAACAGCUUAGAAGCAUAUACGUAUAAAGAUACACAACAUAUCCCUCCAAACUGCCAAUAUCCCAAACCCCUCCUUUAAAGUGCAGGCAUUGUACUUCCCAUUUCCAGGACUCAAGUCCGACUAUAUGAACAUAACCGGUUUCCCUGAAUCCCUUCACUAAAUAUUACCCUGCUCACACUCCAACAGAUCGUCAGGUCCCAAGUAUCAUUCGCCUCCAUUCACUCCUAUCUAACACGCUCAUGCACGCUUGCUGGAAGUCCAAGCCCCUAGCCCACAAAACCUCCUUUACCCCCUCUUUCCAACCCUUUCGAGAUGACCCCUACCCCUCCUUCCUUCCCCUAUAGAUUUAUAUGCUUUCCAUGUCAUUCUACUUUGAUCCAUUCUCUCUAAAUGACCAAACCACCUCAACAACCCCUCUUCUGCCCUCUGACUAAUGCUUUUAUUAACUCCACACCUUCUCCUAAUUUACACACUCCGAAUUUUCUGCAUAAUAUUUACACCACACAUUGCCCUUAGACAGGACAUCUCCACUGCCUCCAACCGUCUCCUCGCUGCUGCAUUUACCACCCAAGCUUCACAUCCAUAUAAGAGUGUUGGUACUACUAUACUUUCAUACAUUCCCUUCUUUGCCUCCAUAGAUAACGUUUUUUGACUCCACAUAUACCUCAACGCACCACUCACCUUUUUUCCCUCAUCAAUUCUACGAUUAACCUCAUCCUUCAUAAAUCCAUCCGCCAACACGUCAACUCCCAAGUAUCUGAAAACAUUCACUUCUUCCAUACUCCUCCUCCCCAAUUUGAUAUCCAAUUUUUCUUUAUCUAAAUCAUUUGAUACCCUCAUCACCUUACUCUUUUCUAUGUUCACUUUCAACUUUCUACCUUUACACACAUUCUCAAACUCAUCCACUAACCUUUGCAAUUUUUCUUUAGAAUCUAGGGUUAUCCUAGGUAAUUUACAUUAUGUAUGAUAGCUAUACUUAUGUGUAUGUGUGCCCUUGAUUCUGUUCAAUUACAUUUGCUUGGUAUGUAUUUCUUAAAGGACAGGCAUCCCUUGUACAGAAUGAAGGACUAAGUAAGUUUAUUUAGGCACAGAUACACAAAAAUAGUUCUCAUACAUUGUGUAAAUUACCUAGGAUAACCCAAAAAAGCCAGACAAAGUGCUAUACAGUUGAACCCACAGUUUCAGCCGUAAUCCAUUCCAGAAGGUUGGCCUAAACUCAAAACAGCCAAGAGUCAAAGCAAUAUUUCCCAUAAGAAAUAAUGUAAAUCCAGUUAAUCCAUUCUGCUGUCAGGAGGCAUGACAAAAUAAUACUUCGAUAUGAAGCUAUUAUGGUAUCUACAGCUUAUUUAUCUAUCACAAUUCAUCUAAUAUGACAUAAAAUAAUAAUAAAUAACAUAAAAACCUGAUACAUGUAUACACUCUAGAGUGAAUAAAAUAUGCCAUUACGUAUGUGGUGGCGGAGGGGAGGACAGUCGUUGCGGGCAUGCUCUCUCCAGCUAUGAAAAUGUCUUCCCAUUCUUUCCUCCUUCAGACAUGUUAGUAUAAGAGAAAAUAGAAUUUGUGAGGCUAAUUGCAUUAGAUCACUUCUUUCAUAAGAAAACCAUAAUGUAGAAAUGAACUGGUGUACAUAUGCCAUUUACAUACCUUGCAGAAGAUAGGCAGAGCGGCGUAUGCUGUCAGGAGUUUAUUUCGUUUCGUCCUUUUUCUAUUGCUUAAUCGCUUAGUUACUACACUCUUAAUGCUACACACUUAAUGCCACACUCAAUGCUACACUUUGUCACUGAACUUUAAACUCCACAACUUGCACCUGUGUUGGCAUGCAGGAACACAUUAAAAUCAUUAAGUGUGUGUUAUUAGUCUUGAAGAUGCCAUAUUAAUAAUAAUAAUAACAACACAAUGAUAAUCACUCUGAGGUGCAUUAAAUGUUGUAUAAAACUUUAAUAUAGACAUUGUGCUUAAUCCAUCUAUAUUUUUUUUCAAAAUUAUAUAAUAAACAUGCUACAUAACAUAUAAACAUAUAAAUUAACAAAUAUAAGAUGUUUUUCCAGUCAGCUUGACACAGUGAACAAAAUCCAUUCGUGUCCGGUCUGGUAACAACAACAACUAGUUUGUUUACAAAACUUGCAAACCUUCUACACUCAUGUACUCAUUCUCUCUCUCUCGUUUAAUCUUGUUUACUCACUUCUCACUCUACAUUAAGACUACAAAUACUUUUUGGUAAGUAAUGAGUGUACCGUAUAUGCCUUUUAUCACCCUGUGGCACUUUAAAUGCCUAGUAUAUAAUGUGUGAGUGAGGUAGCCAGAUGGGGGUUACAUACCUGCCACACUUUGAUACCUACCUUACUGUUCAUCUUGCAACCUAUAUUAAGACCAUUAAGACUGCAAAUAUUCCUUGGUGAGGGGCAUCACUGCCUCCCAACAUCAGCUUCCUUAAUUUCUUUUUUCUUCGCCAGGAUAGAAGUGAUUGUUGAUUUGUUUUUGCCAUACAUCCUGGCAAGCUGGAGCACACAACCACUCUCACGGUUAAUUAUGUAGCAGUUGCACUCAAUCAACAAGCACAAAACACAAUGAAUUAUUGUGAAAUGUUUGGAUGAGCGCAGGGUGAUGUUCACUCGAGGAGAAACAAAGCCACACUGACUCACGAUGCCUGCCUGGGCAGGCGGACAGGUCUGGUACGCCGGCCAAAACUCAGGGCACAGUGUGAAACUCAAGACAAAAUUUAGCCGAAAAGCGAUCUAAACUCGGAGCGGCCAAAACUCGGGGAUCCAUUGUACUGUGCUUGUAGAUAAGAGGCAUAAGCAUGACUGUGGUGAGUAAUAAACAUUUUGGCCACAGUUGUAUCUUUUCAUUUGUGCAGGCGUGAUGAUUCUGCAAUUUGUGUGAUGCCUGUCUGAAAGUCUAGCUGACUAUCAGGUUCAUGAGCAGAUCUUUCUCAGAGACCAGAGAGAUAGGCCAGCCAACUGAACACAUGUUAUGCAUGUUGCAGAAUUGUUUCUCUUUACUUAGAGCAUAUGUGAUAGGACAUUCUGGCAGGAUGACACUACCAGUGUUAUCAAAAUUGAAAGGAUUUGGCACAAAUGUUGCACAUGGUUUAUUAUCUAGGUUUUUGAUAUUUCCUAGACCACUUCUGGCCACAUCCAUCUCAUAGCUAUUAAACUUGAGGUCAACAUCACUUUCCUUCUAAAAGGAGUGUUAAUGCUGUUUGCUCUAGCUGGUGCUCAACUGAACUGGUGCUCCCACAAGGUAUUAAGUGGUCCCAGAUUUUUUUAAUACUGUGCACAAUGUUAAGACCUAUAUUUCCUAGGCUUAUCAGGCCUCUAAACUCUAAAUUUAAAGGUAGGAAAAAUAAAACAUUCACCUACGUUUGGAGCAGUAGCAGUAAGAUCUACGUUUGGACUGUUAAUGGGCUAACAAUGUAAAAUUAAUGAAUAUGUUCUGAGCUAUAAUAUUCUGUAUCAAGUUUCAUUUCAUUUUUUCAAGAGAAUUUUCUAACCCAUGUUUUACAUUCAGUAUUGUUUCUUUCCAAUUAGAAAUAGAGGGGUGAGAGUGGGUAAGUGUGAGGGGCAGCUGGUUUGGGUGUGGAAGGGUGUGGGUGGUGUUGUUGGGUGAGGGAGGGUGAAUGGUGAUGGAUAGGAGAGAGGGGGUGACUAGUAUGGGAGAGAGAGGAUGAAUGGGUGAGGGAAUGAGUGGUGUGCAUGAGAGAGGAUGGAUGGGUGUGUGGAUGGAUGAGUGUUGUGGGUGUGAGGGGGGAGGGAAGGUGAGAAAGGAUGGGUUAGUGUGAAAGGGACAAUGUUGUAAUAUAAGGGCCUCAGACAACCCACCUGCCAAUUACAACCACUGAUGUAUUAACACAAUGUAAAUAUUAGAUCUUCAGUUCUUUACCCAGUAUGAGUUCUCUAUGCAGUACAUUCACAUAAUGUUCAUAUACAAUUUUUUGAAUGCAUUUUAUAAAAAAGCAACGAAGAAAAAUAUUUAUAAUUCACCCCUAGGAAAAUAAUAAAUAUAGUUGUUCCAGUAUCAGAAAAGUGAGCCAUUAUUUGUAAUUAAUUGGUUCCAAAAUACCAGUGUUAUAAGUGCAAAACCUCAUAAGUUGGGGCCCCUACUCUACUUCCACAAGGAAAUGCUAAACCCAUAAUGGUCAUACAGUAGUAAUUAAGAUUUGAUCCAAGAAAGAGAAGAAUAGCUCUAAUUUCUUGGAUUAUCAUUCCUUCACCAACAUAAAAGUAUAGUUGACUGUUGUUUAAUUUUUUUUGUAUCUUAUACUGUAUACAGUGAAAUUCAUGAAUUUAUAGAAGAUGGUUCCUAGAAAUUCCUGCAAGUCUAGAAGCUGCAAAUACACCAUUUUUUUUUAAACUGGCUGUAUCCCAUCAUAGCAGGGUGACCCAAAAAGAAAAACAAAAGGCUUUCUUUUUACAUUUAAUAAUUUAUACAGGAGAAGGGGUUAUGAGCCCCUUUUUCCUGGCAUUAUAAUCGCCUCUUACAACAUGCGUGGCUUACAGAGGAAGAAUUCUUUUCCACUUCCCCAUGAAGAAAAGAGGAAAUAAAGAAGAACAAGAACUAUUAAGAAAACAGAAGAAAAACCCAGAUGGGUGUGUAAAUAUAUAUAUGUGUGUGCAUGCAUUUAUAGUGUGACCUAGGUGUAAGUUGAAGCAGUAAGAUAUACCUGUUAUCCUAUGUGUUUAUGAGACAAAAAAAAAGACACCAGCAAUCCUACCAUUGUGCAAAACAAUUACAGGUUUCUGUUUCACACUCACUUGGCAGGAUGGUAAUGUCUCCCUGUCUACCAGCCUACUACCAAGGCCCACUAAAUGUCUUUAUAUUUUGUUUCAGAUUUAGGCUCAUUCUGUGUUUCAGAAGCCAUAUUCCUAAAUAUUGUUCAAACAUAAUUGAUAUUGACAUUCAUAAGAAAAGAGAUGUGGGCAUGGGAAAUCCAGUGAGCACAUUUGGAGGACAUAAACCAAGCCAAGCCAAAAUAACUGAGGAUGUUCAGAGGAGAACCUUGAUUAGAAAAGCUAGAUAACUGUAACACACAAAUGCAUGGCCACACAUUUGGAGGUUUAAGUAGAAAGUAUAUUGGAAUCUAUUAGUGGUCCCAGGGAUCAUCGUCGAAUCUCAGACUAGGCCUCCUCAGUUAGAAAUGAAAUAUUUCAGGAAUAAGAACCAUUAAGAAACAAGAAACGAAACAUAUACUCAAUGUAAGUAGACAUUUUUAAGAUUUAUCUGCAUGUUCAUGAGACAAGAAAAAUCAGUAAUUCUGCGAGAGUGCUGACCAUCAAAUAGGAUUCCAUUUCAACUUCUAAGGCAGGAUCAUAUAGUAGUACAUUACCUCCCUACAUGUUCAAUGUCUACCAACCUAUUAUUCUUCCAGCUGUUUUUGUUAAAAAAAAUUCUGCAACCCCAUUUCCAUAUUUAUUUGAGUUUCAGGGAAUAUAACUCAAGUAAAUGGUUUAAGGUAUACAGUAUUUUUUUAGGAAUUAUACGAUCUGUCUUAAUUAGAAACUGGUGUAUUUUUUUCAUCGAGCUUCAGCAGUAAAUAAAUGUAAAACCUUAAAAGGCGAUGUACACAUAAAUGACAGCUAAAUCCAUGACUUAACCACCUAGAAGCAGACUGUAACCCGUGUAUGAAUUUUGGGUAUUUUAAACGAUGUGCAGAAUCGAAUUUAUGUUUUAAAGAUGCAUACAAUGUGAAGACUUGGUGUCUUUAAAUGUACAAUUUUUAAUUCAGUUUUUAUACUACAGUAUUGUGUUUUUCCAUAUACAUGUACAGUGGUCCCUCAAUUAUCGUCCAUAAUCCGUUCCUGGAAGUGGGACUAUUAUCGAAAUAGACGAUUUUCGAAUCAAUUUUCCCCAUAAGAAAUACAGUGGACCCCCGGUAUACGAUAUUAAUCCGUUCCUGAGAGCUCAUCGUAUGCCAAAAGUAUUGGAAGGCGAAUUAAUUUUCCCCAUAAGAAAUAAUGGAAAUCAAAUUAUUCCGUGCAAGACACCCAAAAGUAUGAAAAAAAAAAUUUACCACAUGAAAUAUUAAGUUUAAUGCACACAAACUGAAGAAGACAUGCACAGUUUGUAGUACUCUACUAACAAUAGAAUACAUGACACUUACCUUUUAUGAAGAUCUGGUGAUGAUUGAUGGGAUGGGAGGAGGGGAGAGUGUCGCACUUAUUGUUUAGAAGGGGAAUCCCCUUCCAUUACGACUUGAGGUAGCAAGUCCUUUUCCGGAGUUACUUCCCUUCUUCUUUUAAUGCCACUAGGACCAGCUUGAGAGUCACUGGACCUCUGUCGCACAACAAAUCUGUCCGUAGAGCUCUGUACCUCCCGUUCCUUUAAGAUUUGUCUAAAAUGGGCCAUAACAUUGUCAUUGUAAUAGUCACCAGCACGGCUUGCAACAGCUGUGUUAGGGUGAUUUUCAUCCAUAAAGGUUUGCAGUUCAACCCACUUUGUACACAUUUCCUUAAUUUUUGAAGUAGGCACAAUGGAUUCCACAACUGGCAUAGGCUUCUCAGGGUUAGCCCCAAACCCUUCAAAAUCUUUCUUAAUUUCCAUACUAAUUCUCACCCUUUUUACCACAGGGUUGGCACUAGAAGCUUUCUUGGGGCCCAUGGUGACUUAAUUUGCAGAAACAAGCACCAAAAACACUGUGAUAAUAUGGAAUGUACCGAAUGUAUGCUUAGAUGCGAGCACACUGACUGGCUUGUAAACACUGGCACGCAUGGGGCAGUUCAGGCCUCACGCGGACGCGUCCCGGACGAGUCGCGUGUGGUGAGGCAAAUUUUUUGCGUUAAAAUGUAUCGAAUACCGGAUUUAACAUAUACCGAUGCCAUCGAAUGCUGGGGGUCCACUGUAAUGUAAAUACAAUUAAUCCGUUCCUGACACCCAGAAGUAUUAAAACAAAACAAUUUUUUACAUGAAAUAUAGAUGUAGUACAUAAACAAUACAAUGGGACAUGAUGAAUGAAACAUUAACAGCAUAACACUUACCUUUAUUGGCAAUUCUUCUUAGUGUAUGGAAGACUGGAAGAGGAGAGAGAUUGCAUUAGUUACUGUUUGGAAGGGGAAUCCCCUUCCAUCAACACCUCAGGUACCAAGUGCUUUUCUGGGGUUACUUCUCUUCUCUGUUUCUUAAUGCCACUAGGACCAGUUUGAGAAUCACUGGAGUCCUGUCUCACAAAAAAACUGUCCAGUGAGCUCUGUUUCUGGGGUCUCUUUAAACUUCCCUAAAAUGGGCCAAGACUCUGUCACUGUACAAGUUGCCGAUAUGGCUUGCAACAUCCUUCUCAGGGUGAUGUUUCUCCAUAAAUCUUUCCAUCCUACCCCACAUUUCAAAAAUCUCCUUAAUUUCUGAAGAAGGCACCUUCUUCCAUCUCUCUUCCUCCUCCUCUGCAGCAAGAUUCUGAGCUGCGAUCUGUUGCUCUUCCUGCUGAAGCUCUUGCACUCCUCAGUGGUUAGCUCUUCGUUGUGGUCCUCCACCAACUCUUCCACAUCCUCCAAGCUCACAUCCAACCCCAUGGAACUCCCCAAUGCCACAAUAGAUUUCACAACUGACAUAGGCUCAUCAGGGUCAGCCACAAACCCUUCAAAAUCCCUCUUGUGGACACAAUCUGGCCACAAUUUUCUCCAAGCAACAACAGCUUCCUUGAUUUCCUUUUUCUUUGCCACGAUGGAAGAUAUGGUUGUAUGGGGUUUGUUAUACGUCCUGGCCAGUUCGGCCACACGUACGCCACUAUCAUAUUGUUCAAUGAUGUUUUUCUUAAAUUCAAUCGUAUUUCUCACCUUCUUUACCAAAGGCUUGGCACUAGGAGCUUUCUUUUGAGCCAUGGUAGCUUAUUUAACACUUGCAAGCACUAAAAUGAAUGGAAUAUUAUGAAAUAUUUCAUAUGAACACGUGAGGGGACCAUCGCUCACUGGUAAACAAUAGCACACUGGCUGGGAAGGGAGGCCGAGGCGGCUCAGAGCCAUGAGUACGCGCCCAGGAUGAAAGACGAUUUGCGAGUUAACAGACCAUUUGUGAGCCAAUAUUUAGACGAAAUAAUGAGACUAUUUCCGAAAUGGACGACUUUCAGGCCGGACGAUUAUUGAGGGACCACUGUACAGUACAAUAGUGCCUCUUUGAAUAAUGCUAGACAUCUUAUUUAGUUAACAUUAAAGAGAUUAACAUGGUAAGUGGAUAUGCAGUAGGUGCUGUACUUACUGUAUAGUACAUAUAAAGUUUCUGAAUAAGCUUGAGAAAGUAGCACCUCAUGUGUUCCUAGAUAUUUGUUUUAUACUUAAAUUUACAUUUGGACAUGUCAGCUAUAAUGAUACUGGAGUCAUUGCAGAGAUUAUUUUUUGCUAAGAAAUAAGGUUUUAUUUAUUGUAACUUUUUCAAGGUAAUGUAUGAUAGAUAUGUUUUUAAUACAUUUGAGAAUUUAAAAAAAUCUCUUUUUAUAAACUGUUUUAAGCACCCAGUAUUGUAAUGGGUUAUGCUGUAGGUUUCAUAUAUAAUAAAUUAGUAAUAUUUUUCA